ACCCCCCUUUGCGGUGGGGGUACGUUUCCGCUACGGUGGUGGAAGGAGCCGCCGUGGCGAACCGCACCGCACUUUCCUCUCCCACCAAUUCCUCCCCUCCCCUCCAUUUCCAUUCCCCGGCGGAGUCUCUUCCUCCCCAUCGCCCCUCCUCUCCCCGUUUCAAAAGCCCGGAUCUCUAGGGCUUCCUCUGCCUCUUUCCGAUCCAAAUCCCAGGGUUUCUUCUUCCCCCAAUAGAGAGAGAGAGAGAGAGAGAGAGAGAGAGAGAGAGAGAGAGAGAGAGCUUCUCUUUCACUAGCGUUGAUCCGAGAUGAGCGUGGUGGGCUUCGACGUCGGCAACGACAGCUGCGUCGUCGCGGCCGUUCGGCAGCGCGGCAUCGACGUCCUCCUCAACGACGAGUCCCAGCGCGAGAACCCUGCCGUGGUCUCCUUCGGCGAGAAGCAGCGUUUCCUCGGGGCCGCUGGCGCCGCCUCCGCCGCCCGCUUCCCCCGCUCCACCGUCUCCCAGGUCAAGCGCCUCCUCGGCCGUCCCUUCCGCGACCCCGCCGUCCAGGAUGACCUCCGCCGUCUCCCCUUCCCCACCUCGGAGGCCCCCGACGGCGGGAUCUUGAUCCGCAUCCGCUUCCUGAACGAGGAGCGCGUCUUCACCCCGGUCCAGAUCCUCGCCAUGCUCCUCGCCCACCUCAAGCUGAUAGCCGAGAAGAGCCUCGAGACCCUGGUCAGUGAUUGCGUCAUCGGGAUCCCUUCCUACUUGACCGAUCUCCAACGGAGGGCAUACCUCGAUGCCGCCACAAUCGCCGGGCUGAAGCCGCUGCGGUUGAUGCACGACUGCACUGCCACCGCAUUGGGGUACGGCAUCUACAAGACGGAUUCAUCCGCUCGUGGAUCAUCAUUCUGUGUCGUCUUCAUCGACAUUGGUCACUGCAACACUCAGGUCUCGGUUGUGAGCUUCGGAUCUGAAAGAAUGAAUGUUCUUUCACACGCUUUCGAUGCGAAUUUGGGUGGGAGGGACUUUGAUGAAAUCCUGUUCAACCAUUUCACGGAGAAAUUCAAGGAGGAGUACCAGAUCGAUGUUCAUUCUAAUGUUCGUGCCAGCAUCAGGUUGAGGGUUGCUUGUGAGAAACUGAAGAGGGUUCUGAGUGCAAAUGCGGAAGCACCAUUGAAUAUUGAGUGUUUGAUGGAUGAGAAAGAUGUGAAGGGAUUCAUUAAGAGGGAGGAAUUUGAGAGACUCUGCUUGGGUUUAUUGGACAGGCUUUUGGAACCAUGCAAACAGGCUUUAGAGAAUGCUGAACUGAAUCAAGAUAGAAUCAAUGCUGUUGAGCUUGUUGGUUCAGGGUCACGGAUUCCAGCAAUAACAAGGAUUUUGACAGAGUUUUUCAGGAGAGAACCGAGCCGGACCCUCAAUGCUAGCGAGUGUGUUGCCCGUGGGUGUGCCCUUCAUUGUGCUAUGCUGAGUCCCAUAUUCAGGGUUAGAGAUUAUGAGGUGCAGGACUCAUUUCCUUUCUCAGUUACUUUUGCAACAGAUGAAGGUCCUAUUACAACUGUGUCAAGAAAUGUGCUAUUUCCUAAGAGCCAACUAAUACCAAGUGUUAAAAUGCUUUCUUUCUAUCGAACUGAUGCAUUUAAGAUGGAAGCAUUUUAUGCUAACCAAAGUGAACUCCCACCUGGUGCUUCACAAAAGAUCAGCUGCUUCCAGGUCGGCCCUUUUCCAGUUCAUGAAGGUGAAAGGUACAAAGUCAAAGUAAAAGUUCGGUUAAAUCUUCAUGGCAUGGUUUCUGUAGAAUCUGUAUCAUUGAUUGAGGAUGAUGAUAAUAGUACAGUUUCAAGGGAUGCAAGUCGAGUAGAUAAUAUGGAAACUGAGCCUGCUUCUGAUGCAAACUCUGAUAGCACUGUCCACACUGCUGAAAAUGGAAUAUAUGAACAUGUUGAACAUGGAUCCAUACCCUCCUCUGAUACAUCAAAAGCAGAAAGAUUGCCUAGAAGGCACGAAUUGCUAAUUACUGAGACUAUAUAUGGUGGAACAACAAAAGAAUGGUUAUUAGAAGCCCAAGAGCAAGAAAAGUGGCUUGCAUAUCAGGACAAACAAAUGGAGCAAACAAAGGACAAAAAGAAUGCACUUGAAGCUUAUGUAUAUGAGAUUCGCAAUAAGCUUUUUGAGAGAUAUCGAAGUUUUGCAAAUGAUUCCGAGAGGGAAGGAAUUUCUGUUAGCCUACAACAGACUGAAGAAUGGCUUUAUGAAGAUGGAGAUGAUGAAACUGAAAAGGUUUACACUGGCAAACUCGAUGAAUUAAAGAAGCUGGUGGAUCCUAUCGAGAAUAGAUACAAGGAUGAAGAAGCUAGAGCUCAGGCUACAAGGGAGCUUUUGAAGUGCAUAGUUGAUUAUAGAAUGGCUGUGUCUUCAUUGACAACUUACGAGCGAGAUGUUGUCAUUGAUGAAUGCAAUAAAGCUGAGCAGUGGCUGCGGGAGAGAUCUCAACAACAGGAUUCAUUACCAAAGAACACAGAUCCAGUUUUAUGGUCUCAUGAAAUCAAGAAAAGGACAGAAGCCUUGGACAUGUCGUGUAGAAAUCAUUUGAGACACAAGGGUUCUCAAUCGAGAUCAGAGGAUUCCAGAGGCUCAGACCACUCAAACUAUGAGAAUUCUAGAACUGAUUGAUUAGUUCCUUAUAAUCUAAAGUUAAGCACGAUUCAUUCUUCUCAUCGUUGUCGUGGAGCCUUGUCUGCUGUCAAAGUUGGGAGUCCACAACCAGUCACAGGAAAUACCAUAGAAAUCCUCGGGAUGAAGCUUCAUGAGAGGUGCGGCCGCUCUGGUUCUUCUGCUUCUUUCCCAAGAGGCAGUUUUUUGUUUCUCACACUUAUCAGAAACUCUCUGCUUGUUGUUACUGAGCGUAAUCACCAGUGUGCCUUUAUGCAUAUAGAAAAAAAAGAAGAAGAAGAAGGAUCCUAUGUAAGCGAAUAUCGCUUAUAAUUAGUCAAAAACACUAAUCUUGGUCUUGUGCUUAUCUUCAAUGUCGAGUUCAUCAGGGAGUGUUGCAUGUUACGCCCCGCCGCUUGUAAGAAGAAUGAAACAGGUCAUUUUCUCCUAUUUUGAUUUUACAACAACAUGGCUUUUGUCUUUC